CGAUCUCUCCAGUUCUGGAAACACCGCCGGCAUGACCAGUUCGCCAUCCCGUUCCGUGGCCUUUUGGUCUUUGCUUGUUUUCUUGAUUGGCUCUGUUUUGGGCUUGGACUUCAGGCUGAAUGGUAGUGUUGUGCCCUCCUACUAUAAUCUGACCAUCGGUGUGCUGAGAGACUCUAGCGACCCGACUCUUUUUGAUGGCGAAGUGAGCAUAACUGUGCGGGGGGUCGGCCCAUCGCCGAUCCAACAAAUCACUUUGCACGCAGAUACGCUGGAGAUAUCGUCAUGCCGUUUGCUGGACGUCGGAGGGGGCCUCACAGGUGGCUCAGAAGUGGAGACCGUCGAUAUCAGCCGGAUGAUUUACGAGGCUGCCACCCAACAGGUGACAGUUCCACUGACGCAGCCCCUCGAAGUGGGUAGGGACUACAUCGUGGAGUUCAAGUACACCGGGCGCAUUCGGACGGACAUGGCUGGAUUGUUCUCCGCCAGCUAUGAAGAGGCGGAGACUAAUACCACCAGGUGGCUGGCUCUCACCCAGAUGCAGCGUAUCAAUGCCCGCUACGUGUUUCCCUGCUUCGACGAGCCCGCUCUAAAAGCCAAGUUCCAGCUUCAGAUAGUCAGGCCGAGUGGUUACCAGACCAUUGCUAAUACCAAAUUGGCCAAAACAACUCAAUCGGGGUCGGAUCGGUUUGUAGACAGUUUUGCAGUAACUCCUGCGAUGUCUACCUAUCUUCUGGCUUUCAUGGUUACCGGGUAUACGGCUCGAGGAAAUACAAAUGAAUUCUCAGUCCUUUCCCGCCCAGAGUUCUACAACAACACAGAGUUCAGCUAUGAGGUGGGCCAAAGAGUGAUCCAGGCCUACAACGCAUUGUUUGCUCUUCCCUAUGCCGAGCUGGGAAACGAGGUUCUUCAAUAUGCCAGUUCUCCUCGGUUUCCACACAACGGAAUGGAAAACUGGGGUCUCAUCAUAUAUAGUGAUGAUGUUCUGGUGCGAAUUCCGGGAUAUACUGAUGACUGGUCCGACAAGGAGUUCGCAAUACGGAUCAUUGCCCAUGAGACGUCUCACAUGUGGUUUGGAGACAGCGUGACAUUCUCCUGGUGGAGUUACUUCUGGCUGAACGAGGCUUUCGCCCGUUACUACGAGUACUUUAUGGCCCAUCAGCUUUAUCCGGAGUACCACCUGGACGAACAGUUUGUAGUGCGACAAAUGCAAUUGAUUUUCGCAACGGAUGCCAGGAACAGCACCCAACCCAUGACCAGUCCCGAGUCAGAUAUCCAAACCCCCUCCCAGAUAGCCUCUAAGUUUAGUGCCAUCGCCUACGCCAAAGGAGCCUGCAUUGUCAGGAUGUGGAGGAACUGCAUGGGAGAUGAAAACUUUAACGCUGCCAUCCGGGAUUAUUUGAAACAAUAUCAAUUGUCGAACACAGAGCCCAGAAACUUGUUUUUCUAUUUGUAUGAGCACUGGCCUGCUACUCCGGCAGUAAAUUUGGAACACUUCUUUGCCGAUUACACGGAACAAGUGGGAUUCCCCAUGCUGAUUGUAAACGUCACCCGUCAGUAUCAUAUAGUCCACAUCGAACAGAUGAGAUUUCUCCUGAGCCCGGGGGAUGGCAGCAAUGCUACCCUGAAGUACACCGUGCCCCUCACCUAUGCCACCAACCUCCACCCCAAUUUUGACAACUUAACUCCCUCCGCCUAUUUGCACAAGGUGGUGGACAUAUUCCAGUUGGAGUUUGAUGAUCCCAUCGACUGGAUUGUUCUGAAUCUGCGUCAGUCCAACUACCAAAGGGUCCUAUACGACACAACUUUGAUGGCCAAUCUGCAAGUAGCUCUGGCUGCCCGGAACCACAGCGGGAUUCCCGUCGAGAACCGCGCCCAGAUGAUCGAUGAUUUCUUUAACUUUGCCAAAGUGGGCUAUCUGGAUUACUCCGAGGUAUUUGAGUUUCUGGAAUAUCUGAGUAGUGAAGUGGACUACGUACCCUGGUACGCUUUCUUCGAGAAUCUCCAAUCGGUGGCCAAGCGUCUUACACCUGAGCAGUUGCCCAGUUUCAGGAGCUAUCUCGAAGAUAACACAGAGGCUGUUUUUGAUAAGUUGGGCGUGGAUUGGAGCGAAGAGGAAGACACUCCCUUGGACGUGGCCAGUCGCAACAAGGUUGUAGCCUGGUUAAGCCGGUAUCAGGCCAGUGGGUGCAGGGACCAGGUCCAUGAGAUGAUCACUGCCUCUGAACCAAAGAAACCCUCGCCGGACUACAGACAGACCUUUUACUGUGCGGGCAGCAGCCAGUUCUCCGGAUUCAUGUACGUUUGGAAGUUAUUUUUAGAAGAAACCCGUCCCACGGAGAAGCAACUCUUAUGGGCUGCCAUGAGCUGCACCAGGGACUAUGAAACGCACUACUACAAAUAUAUACUGGAAAACGCUACCACUGUGGAGAUGAAGAAGGUAGGCAUAGCUACAUUGUACGAGGAGAAUCCGGAUUUGGUUGAGCCUAUCUUUAAAAUGAUCACCACGAAUAUUACUAAACUGGCUGUAAGCUUAAACAGCUGGUCGGAAACAGCCGAAGUAAUCGGCGAUAUGGCUGAGUACUUUACCACACGAGUACAACAGCAGCUCUUACAGGACUUCUACCAGAAUAAUCAGCAGCUUUUUGGCCAGUCGGCUACUGUGUUGUCAAAGUCCUUGGAUUCGGUGGAGGCCAAUCUGCAGUGGGCCGAACAACGACUCGGUCGUCUAGUGAGCUUCCUGGCCAAGCGAAACAGCUCUAGUUUCGUUCAUGCCACUUCCUUACUGCUGCUGCUUUUGUCCAGCCUGGCUCUGAUUGCUAUUAGUUAUUAAGCUUGUGCAUAAAAGAAAUAAAGAAAGAUUGCGCCGCGGGGGAAAUGCCCUUUUCGUGUUCGCAAUUACUAGGCAAAACGUCAAAAA